AUGUAUGAUAUUUUUUUCCAGGGUUAUGAAACAAAAGUAGGACUGAAAGGAAGUUUUCUGUCAGGUGGUGAAAACCAAUGUAUUGUUAUUGCUCGAGUUCUUCUUCAUCGACCUAAAGUAUUGCUCUUAGAUGAACCUACAAGUGCCAUGGAUUCGUAUAAUGAACAAAUUGUACAAGAAGCUCUUGAACAAGCUCAACCAGAAGAUUCUAGUCGAACAUCACUCGUUAUUGCUCAUCGUCUUUCAACUAUUCGUUCAUGUGAUUUGAUUUGUGUACUUCAUAGAGGACAUAUAGUGGAGAGUGGUACUCAUACAGAAUUGACACAACAACGUGGUGCUUAUUAUAGAAUGAUUGCUCGAAACAAUUUAUAA